AUGUAUAAAUAACAACAAUAAUAACAUUAUCAACAUCCUACAUAACUUGUUCCAUCUGUUUGUACUCUCAAUACAUAAGAAGAAGAUUCAUAAGACUAUUAAUUAAUCUAGAGGAAACUUUAAUGUUACAAAGAUAAUUUGAAAAUAAUUCAAAAAAAUAACGAAGAUGAUAGAAAGUAUUUAUCUUCAUCUUCAGAUGUCUUAUAAUUAACUGAAUCGUAAGAAGAUGAUGCAGAAUAAUUAAGAUAACAAAUCAACAUUCUUUAAGAUGAAUUAAGCAAAACUAAAUAAAAUAUGAUGCAAAUUAUUGAAGAACUUACUUAAUAAAGAGAUUUACUCAUCUAUAAAAUAUAAGAAUUAGAGGCAACCAUUGAUAACUUAUAAUAAUAAAAAUAACUCAGAAAUAAGUCUAUUCACUCAACAUUAUUAGAUAUUACCUAUGAAUAAGAUUAAACUUAAGAUUAUGGUAGAAAAAGAACUAGAUCUAAAUAUGAUGAUUAGAAUUGUUGGAAAAGAAUCUUUGAAGAAUUAGCUGAUAUGUUGAAAACUGAAAAUGUUAUUCAAGAAGUACAUAGAUUAUAAUCAAAAUGCAUUAAACAAGAUAAAUUUAUUGGAUGUGUCUAAGAUUUAGUUAUUAAAUUAACACCUAAAGAUAUCUUUGAACAUUCUAAACCAUAAUUAAGAGAUUGUUGGCAUUGGAUCAAAGGUAUGUGUACAGAAUAUAUGAAUUUAAAAAAAAUGUAAGCCACAGUUAUUGUGGAAGCAUGUUCAUAAAUUCUCAAUGUCUAACCUUAAGAUAUAGUUAGCUAAAUUCAAUUUCUAAUCAAACGUUUAAUUGCUUAAAAAAAUUGA